ACACCGUAUGCACAGCCUGCAUUGAUUCUGGACCGAGCGAGAAGGAUUUCUUGGAGAAAGUCUGCAACCAGGAUUUCGCUCUGAAGAUGACCAUCAAAUCCUUGUCCGGUGUUGGGGGCGACCUGAAAGUCAUCCCGGAGCUCCGCGGCCGGACGCUUUACAAGCAGGCCAGCUGGUCCGAAGAGGAGCGGAAGAAGCCGGUCCUGUGGCUGGCGGACGGGGAGGCCUGCUCCUGUGAGGAGCUGGCCGGAGGGCCGGGCACCGUGGUGCUGGCCAUGGGGCACCGCCUCAGCAACCGCCUCGUCCUCUCCUGGGUCCGGAGGUGGAAACACGGGGAGAAGGAGCUGAAGAGGUUCUCCAGGGCAGUGCGGAAGCUGCAGUGUUAG